AUCACCGUCUCCAAGAAACGCAACUGGCUGCAGCAGAGCUCCCUUGGGAAGAAUCAGUGCACCAAGGAUGAGCUGCAAGGAAUGCUGGGGGCUGAGGAGGAGGGCUCCAAUCAGCUGCCACCUCCUCCCAGUCCCUCUCCUGACCACCUGAGACCCUCAGGGGGAGCUCCAUCACGGCCAGCCCGCCUACACUUGACUCAGACAAGUGUCGGUGAGGCAAAAGCGUCCCCUCAUCCUCGAAGCAUUGACCCAGCUGAAGAGAAUGACGCAGACGAUGAAGGAGAAAUCUGGUACAACCCAAUCCCUGAGGACGAUGAAGUUGAGAUGUCUCACCGACCCUCCGUUCGUCUGCUCGGUUCCCCCUCGAGAUGAGUCCCAGAGGAGGCCCAGCCGGGCAGGGGAUGUGGGUCAGGGCGGCAGGAACCUUGGGGGCGGUAGUGGCGCUGGGCCGGAGGCGCUCGGGGAAAGCAUUGGUGGCUCAGGAGAUGGUAUUCAGGGGAAUGCUGUACAUUCCACAGAGGCACUACAUCUGCACAGACAGAUGCUCGCGUGCAAACCUCAGGAGGAGGGGGGGCCUUCCACUAGCAGAACCACAGAUGGGCCUGACCUGCCCAAUGCAAUCAGCUCUCCUCCCUCCAGCCCAAACCCGGCCAAGAAGAUCAGCUCCAUCAACUGGUCCUUCCCAGACAAGAUUAAGUCUCCGCGCACCGUGAGAAAGAUCUCCAUGAAAAUGAAGAAGCUUCCAGAGCUUAGUCGGAAACUCAGCGUCAAGGGGAACCCAAGUAGCAACAAUGGCAACGGAAGCAGUCAUCUAGAGCCGAGAGCCCAUUCACCCCGGAACAAUGUGAGCGGGUCGGAGGCCGUCCCCCAUUCCUCAGGCCCUCCUAGGUUAGCUACAUCUGGAGGAGGGCAGGCCAGUCGUAACGUUAUCUCGCGCUACCACCUGGACAGCAGUGUGUCUCCGCAGCACAGCUUCAACAAAAAGAAAAGUAACGGCAGCUCAAAGUCCGCCAGUAAAGGUGGUUACCUCAGUGAUGGCGACUCACCUGAGCUGGUGGCAAAAUCUGGGAAGCACGGCUCCGCGGAGGGGAAGGGAGGGAAAGGCAAGGAGACGGAGGUAGGAGGUGGAAGCUCCAAACUUAAUGGCACAGAAUUGGACAUUGAUGCUUUCCGCCAUUAUAGCUUCACAGAGCAACCCAAGUGCAGCCAGUACAUCUCUGGACUGAUGAGCCUGCACUUUUACGGUGCUGAGGACCUCAAACCUCCACGUAUUGACUCUAGAGAUGUAUAUUGUGCCAUCCAAGUGGACUCAGUUAACAAAGCACGCACCGCUCUCCUAACGUGCCGAACUACCUUCCUAGAUAUGGACCACACCUUCAACAUCGAGCUGGAGAAUGCCCAGCACCUGAAGCUGGUGGUGUUCAGCUGGGAGCCAAUGCCUAGGCGAAACCGCGUCUGCUGCCACGGCACGGUGGUUCUGCCAGCACUUUUCCGGGUAACACGGAGCCACCAGCUGGCUGUGAAGCUAGAGCCGCGGGGGCUGAUCUAUGUCAAGUUGAACCUGAUGGACCAGUGGAAGAACUCGCUGGAUGGUGGGCCGGACGGAGACAGGGAGCCCCAGGUGUUUGGUGUGGAGGCGUGGCGGGUGGUUGAAAGGGAGAACACAGGACUGAUGGUGCCGCUGCUCAUAAGCAAGUGCAUCAAUGAGAUCGAAAAGAGAGGCUGCCAGGUAGUGGGCCUCUACCGUCUUUGUGGAUCUGCAGCCGUGAAGAAGGAGCUGCGAGAGGCAUUUGAGAGAGACAGCUACGCCGUGGAGCUGUGUGAAAACACAUAUCCCGACGUUAACGUCAUUACAGGAGUACUGAAGGACUACCUGCGAGAGCUGCCAUACCCUCUGAUCACCAAGAACCUGUAUGAGGCAGUGCUGGAUGCCAUGGCCACGAGGCCUCUGCGGAUAGGAGCAUCCGGCUGUGAGAACGACGCAGCCGACACAGAACAUACCGUCAGCCUGCUGGACAACCUGCCAGACGUGGAGAGGGUGACACUGCAGAUGCUUCUUGACCAUCUUAAGUUGGUAGCAUCCUGCCAGGAAGUGAACAAGAUGACGUGUCAGAACCUGGCGGUGUGUUUUGGCCCUGUGCUGCUCAGCCAGCGUCAGGAGGCGUCUUGCCACACCAACCGAGUGUUCAUCGACUCAGAGGAGCUCGCCAGUGCGCUUCAUUUUAAAAAACACAUCGAAGUCUUGCAUUACCUGUUGCAGCUCUGGCCUGUUGUGGAUCCACAUGGCCGAUCUUCCUCGCAGCCUCCUCCAGCCUCUGUGGCUCCAGCCUCAUCCGACCUGCUGUCUGCUCCUCCCAUUAGGCGAAGAAAAGAGCGCCCCCAGGUCCUGAAUCUCUCUGAAGCAGAGAUGGCGGGCGUUCUGCGGCCCAAACCGGGGCGCUUAGACAGCCCGAGCAACCGCUACGCCGGCGACUGGAGCCGCUGUGGCGAGAGUUACUUCCCCUGUGAAACUCUGCUGCCUCCCAACAGGGAAGAGGCGGACUAUGAUGACGUGCCCUCUGAGGAUACGGAGGCAGCUGAGGAGGAGCAGGAGAAUCCUGAGGACGACGCAGAAGAAGAUAAAGGGCAGGUGGUUACAUGCCCUGCGUCUGAUUCUGCUGAGCAGGAGCAACCCGAGAGAGAACAAGAGGUGAAGGAAGAGGAGGAAAAGGUGGAAGAGAAGGAGAAGAAGCAAGAAGAGAGCGAUAGUCCAGGCAAUGUGCAAACUUUAGAGGACAAUGAGGAGGAGAGGGUGUGCAACCACAUCCUGCCCCCUCUUCUGCCCAAAGAGCACACCUAUCAGGCCUACAUGAAGAUCCAGGAUAUCAGCCCUGUGCUGAGCAACAGGGUCAACCUGAAGGACCUGCAGGAGAGCAUCGACACUCUGAUAGGAAACCUGGAGAGAGAGCUCAACAAGAACAAGCUCAAUGUUGGGUACUGACUGCUACUACAGACACACUCACAUAGACCGACAGGGUUUGGAGAUUACCUUCUUUACCGAUCAAGGUGCUUCAGGAUACAGCCACAGGGUUUCUACAAGAUCCUGUGAGGAUGGCGUGGUGCUGCUGUAAAAACAUUAAAGGAUGAGAGGAGAAGAAAUGCAACAGGGCACUUCUGGCGUUUGUACCUUAACCAUAGACAUUCCGUUAUGUUUUAUUUUCCUUUUUUUUGGUCGACUGUCUUACUUUAUGUUGUUGUUUUGUUUCAAUCCGGUUUUGUGUUCCAUGUUAUUAUUGUUGCUUCUCUUCUUAUUAGAAGAACCCAUUGACCCCUCAGGGGUUUAAAAGGUGCCUUAAUUGUGUGAAGGUGGUACGUGUAGAGGAGAAUCCACCCUGAAAUAAAAUGCCCCCCCCCACACCUCUUAUGAUCGUGAUACAGUGUUGACAACCAACAGGAUAACCUCUAUGAUGUUAUGAAAAGUUGUUUUUUAGAACGAACAUAUUCUGUUUUAAGCUGGUACACAUUUAUCCUAGGUACUAUGGGGCUGUACUCAUGCUCGCUUUAAAGCCAAUGCCAACAUUUGUUAAAGUAAAGUUACUGGUAGAAAACAAAAUGUAUUCACUUAUACGAAAAUACGCUUUGGACACUGGAUACUUCAAUAUUUAUUCAGUUGUUGGAAAAAAUGAUGGGAUGAAUUAGGCAUUUCUAUUAAGAAUUGUUUUCCAACUAAGUUAUUUAAUUAGAUACUUAUAUUAGACAUUGUGCCAAGAAAACCAAACCAUGCCCUCUUACAAUGGCGAUGGAAAAAUAUGUUCUGAUGUUUUAUUGAACAUUAAUGGUCCGUAGUGCAGAAUGGGAAAACUCUUGAAUGUCCAGCUCAUACCGUCUAUUUUCCAGCUUGUAAACACAGUGUUUAGUAAAACCUACCAAGAUCAUACGAGGAAGGUGUGAUCAUUCUGUUUAAGGGUGGAUUUUACUUUUUAAGGCAGCAGAUAGCUUUUCUAUUGAGAUAUGAAACCCUAAAUGUUUUUCAACAAUAAUGCACUUAUGAGGCAGGCAGUAUUGUGAAUUGUCAUUAUCAUUUAUGCAGUAAAUAAUAUAUGGACUGUAGACUGAGUUGACAGAGAAACAGCCGCCACUGUGACCUCUUAAAGAUACAUUUGAAUGAAUGUGGCUUGAAAUGUAUUUCCGUUCUGCAUUGUGUAAGAUGUUCAAACAACAUCGCACAGGAAUACAUGCAUCUACCAGAAUUGAAAACAAGAUAAUGUCAAUAGCUCUCUAAUCACUGUAGAUAUUUGAUGUAAAGCCUGCAACUAAAAAUAGAAAAGGUGUUUCAUGUGGAGAGAAUAGUUUUACAAUUUGGGAAAUUUGCUUAUUCACUUAUUUGCAAUUAAAUGAUCAUUUUAAUACCACCCAUGUGUGCAUGCCAAGUAUUCAACUGAAGCUAGAAGAUCCUUAGCUAAGCUUAGCUUAUUUUGGAUUAGCGUAAAGACUGGAGGCAGGAGGAAAUGGCUAGCCUGGCUUUUUCCAAAGUUAAAAGAACAAACAACAAGUGACCAGAACCCCUUAAAUUUACAAAUUAAGUAUCUUUAAAUAUCUUUCUUUGAUUUGUGUGUUUAUGCUAUGCUAAAAUAAGCUAAUCGAUAAAUCUUCAGCAAAUAGGCACAUUUUCUCAAGAUGUCAAACUUUUCCUUUAAUUUAACAAACCAGUCUUCUUUUUACUUCUCCCGGCUUUUUUUGGUAAAACCGUGAAAUAGACACAGCUGAAAUGUGAAGCACAAUUAUCAGAUCCGCAGUGGAAACUGUUAGCGGAGGUUCAGACGACUAAGCUAGCUGCCUAAAUCGAAAAAGGACGUUUUCAGCAAUCCAGGGAAUCAGAAUGAUCAGUAUUUAACCUAUAUGUAUAUGUAUAUAAUUAUAUAAAUGUAUUCGGAGUAUAUUAUUUUUACAGCUUCUAUUUCAAUGGUGUAUUUAAAUACUUCUGAUGACCUCGUAGUGUUGUAGCAAUAGUCGCUUUUCCUCCCUUCAAGCUACCUGUACACAUCUUAAUGUGCUGGACUAAUGGUACAACUUUGGCUGUAAAAAAUAUGAUAAACUCGUGCUCUUGCAGAAAAGUGAUAUUGUUAUUUUUAUUGUAUUGUGUAUAUAUAUUUGACAUUGUUUUGUGUCUCUGGUGGACUAAGCUGUGUUCGUGAUUAUUGGUGUUUUGUUUUUUUAAGGUACUGAACGUUGCAUGGUCAAAAGCUUUACUGACAUAAACAAGGCUCUGUCUCAUCUGCCUUUGUAUUUGAUAUUUAUGUGCAAAAAUACUUAUUUUGUAAUGUACGCUCAUUUGUUCAUCACUCAGCUUCUCCAAUAGACAGAUGACUGCACUUGUCAAGCUUUUCUCCAGAGGACAUAAAGACAGACUUCCAAAUUGUAUGUUAUGUUUUACAAUUAUGAGAGGGCCAUGUAUGUAUAUAUUGUUUUAUUUAACACUUGUUUAAAGGAAAGACAUAUGAGAUAGGGCUUAAUGAUGCUUAAUUUUUAUUUUCACUGUUGUUCCACCCUGCUCACAGUCCUGCUGCUUCAUGGUGGUGAAGCUGUUGCUGCUGCUGUCACUCUGAACGGGUUGGUGAAAGUGAGUUUUAGCAGGGUUCCUUUCAAACCAUCUGUCUGUCUAGGCAACAAAACAACAACCAGAGCCUCAUUAACAGUAUGAAAUACAACAUGGAGAGCAUCCCCUAGCCUACAAAUUCUUCAGAUGCUGACAAUGUGAUUGCAUACACUUCAAAGACCCAAUAUGGCCAAUAUUUUUGGGGUGAUUAAGACUUCUCAAUGAUGCUCAAAGCUGUGGCUUCACAUUAGGUACUCUUAUUGUCUGUCUUAGCAUCUUCCAAAUGUCUUACCUCUCUUUUUACAGAAUAUUUCAGCAAGCACCUGCAUCAUUUCAAUUUUGUGUUACAUUUUAUAGGGUUUCUGUCUUGUCAUCGUUGUCCUUUGGAUGAAAAGUAUCACUAAACACAACAGAAAACUUGCUUUGUAUUGAUCCUGAGAAAUGUAUGGUCAUAAUAAAGUAUAUUAUUUUAAAUUCA